AUGUCUGAGGCUAAAAAAGUACGCGAAAAAAUUGUCGAAGGUGGUGAUGAAUCUGAUUUUGAACAAGAAAAUAAUAAGAAAAUAACAAUAUUAUCAAUCAUCAAUCAAAAACUUGAUUUAUUAUUAACAAAAUUUGAUAAAAUAGAAACUUCAGUUAAUACGCUUAAGAAAACUGUUGAUACAUUAAUAAUUAGACAAACAACAAUUGAUAUAACCGUAUGUGAAUUACAGAAGGACAAUGUUGAUAAAGCAGCCACUAUUAUUAACACAGAAAACUGUUGUACAAAAAUCUUGGAAUUAAUUGAAGAAAGAGCGUUAUCCUUUGAAAAUGCAAUUCAACAUGCAUCUGAACAAAUCAAAGAACAAGCUGUUCGUAUUGUUCCUUCUGGUACAGAUACGACGCAGAGUACAACCCUAGAUAAUCCUACAUUUGCAAUGACGUCAGCACCACUAACACCAACUGAAAUCAUAACAUCUGCAAAUGAAUUAUUAUACUCACAUUACGAUUUCGACUCAUCUGCUAGUUUUACUUCCAAACGGCCAUGUGAUAUGAGUGUAGAAAAUGAUGAAGUAUUCACAUCAACUUCAGAUAGUGCGGUUACAAAAGAAAAGCAUGAAAGACACCAACUAGUAACAAAUCAGCAAUUACUAAACAAAGAAACCGGCUUAAGCCAUCUUUUAGCCCAUCUUUUUUCCGCAUUAUUUAUCGAAGAAGAAUUAAAAGUUUCAUCCGUUGACGCUUCUGUCCGUGGUACAAAAGCAUUUGAUCCAGUAAGAGUAGCUGCGAUUGAUAAAUAUUUAUUUAAUUUAUAUGGAGUAAGAUAUACUAAAUGUCGUACAAGUGAUCCAUAUAAAGAAUUACUAAAUAAAAAAUGCGCCCGAAUAAGAACAAAAUAUAAUAAAAAUAUUGCUAAUUAUUAG